GUCCGACGGCCGGCGGUGGGCGCAGGUCCCUGCAGGCGCGCGGCUGCGAGCCGGACGCCAAGGAGCUUGGGGGCCCCGGGAGCGCCGGCGGCGGGGCGCUCGGUUGGCUUUGCGUGCGCGGCGAGGACGCUCAGCCGCCCGGGGAGGCGCGAUGUCGAAGCCGCCGCCCAAACCGGUCAAACCAGGGCAAGUUAAAGUAUUCAGAGCUCUUUAUACGUUUGAACCCAGAACUGUUGCAAGAUGCCUGAGGUUGAUAGAAGUGACGGUUGGGGGGUGCUCAUCAGCUGCCCUCCUGGGCUGCUCACCAGAUGAAUUGUACUUUGAGGAAGGUGAUAUCAUCUACAUUACUGACAUGAGUGAUACCAAUUGGUGGAAAGGCACCUCCAAAGGCAGGACUGGACUAAUCCCAAGCAACUAUGUGGCCGAGCAGGCGGAAUCCAUCGACAAUCCAUUGCAUGAAGCUGCAAAAAGAGGCAACCUGAGCUGGUUGAGAGAAUGUCUGGACAACCGAGUCGGCGUUAAUGGCUUAGACAAAGCUGGAAGUACUGCCCUGUACUGGGCCUGCCAUGGGGGGCAUAAAGACAUAGUGGAAAUGCUGUUUACUCAACCAAACAUUGAACUGAACCAACAGAACAAGUUGGGAGACACAGCUUUGCAUGCUGCUGCCUGGAAGGGUUAUGCAGAUAUUGUCCAGUUGCUUCUGGAGAAAGGUGCAAGAACAGACUUAAGAAACAACGAGAAGAAGCUGGCCCUGGACAUGGCUACGAAUGCCGCCUGUGCAUCUCUCCUGAAAAAGAAACAGGGGACAGUUAUCUUUCUGCCCAGUGACAUUGCCUUCAGAUGCUGUUCGAACAUUAAGCAAUGCCGAGGAGUAUCUUGAUGAUGAAGACUCAGAUUAAUUCCCUUCUGGAGCUUUGAGAUUAAAACUUCUGUUGCUUUUGCAUUCCAAAACCUUUGUCUUUGCCAGAAGAGUGUUGGUAACUGUUUGGUUUUGUUUUGUUUUGUUUUUAAAGUCUAUAUGAAUAUGGAAGUAUUGCACUGUGUUUGAAUAGACCAUGUAAAUGGGUAGGUUUUCACCUUCAGUUUGCCAAUAAGUGACUGGAUACUUUGCUGUAUAAAGUAUGUUUUUGUUCACCAGAGUAGAACAAGAAGAGAUUAUUUCUAUUUAUCAAGUUAAAGGAAUUUUAAGAAUUUUUUUCUUUAAAAAAAUCAGAAUUUUUUUGUUUUGUUUUCUUAAAGUUCUUUACCUCAAGGAUUGAAAUAUUUUGAAUGGAUUUUUCAAGGGGGAAACGCUUGUUAAAAUAAUGAACCAAAAGACUUAACAGAAAAUCGUCAGCUGUUCUGACAAAAAUAAACAUUUUAAGAGACUGUA